AUGUCUGAUCCUAAGAUUAACGGUGAUAACACCAGUGUUCAUAGUCAUCCUAAUUCUCAUAUACACAGUGAGAAAGAUAUAAAGGCUGCCGAAACUACUCAUCAUGAACAUGCACCUUCCACCAAUACUACUUCUACACCGAACGAAACCGACAACGUUCAAAUCGACUAUACACCUGAAGAUCGAGAUGCGAGAUUAGCCGCUCGAGCGACCUUGCAAAAUGCCUUGCACGGUAUCCCAAAGGCACAACUCAUCAAGGAAUCAGAUGAGUUCUGCGAUGCUCAUGGCUUAGAAGAACAUAAAGAUACGUUUAGGAAAGGUGCUUUACUUGCUCAACGACCUGGAGAAUGGGCGGCGAUCGACGAGUUGAACGCCGAGGAGAAGGCUGCUAUUGAAUAUGAACAUCGACACAAAUGGAGAAUGUCGAAAGAUUUAUGGUGGGUCGUGGGUGCCUGUGCGAUGGGUGCGGCGGUACAAGGUUGGGAUCAAACAGGUAGUAAUGGAGCGAAUCUUGGUUUCCCGCAAGAAUUCGGGAUCAACAGAGGACUCGACGAACCUGGAGGUGCACAUGAUCAAUGGAUUCUGGGUUUGGUCAAUGCUAUCCCAUAUCUAUCUGCUCCAAUCAUCGGUUGUUACUCUUCCGAUCCACUUAAUAACCUCUUCGGCCGUCGGGGUGCCAUCUUCAUCGCUGCUAUAAUCCUCAUCGCCACUCCACUCGCUAUGGCAUUCACCCACACAUGGCAAGAACUCCUGAUCGUCCGUAUUUUCUUCGGUAUCGGUAUCGGUCUGAAAGGAUCUACCAUCCCAAUCUUCUCUGCUGAGGUCGCUCCCACCGUGGUGAGAGGGGCAUUAGUCAUGAUGUGGCAGCUCUGGACUACCGUUGGUAUCUUCAUUGGAUUCGCUGCGAAUGCAAUCGUAAGGAACUCGGGUGAUAUCACUUGGAGGUUACAAAUUGGAAGUUCCUUCAUCCCUGCUGUACCGUUAGCUAUGAUGGUUUGGUUUUGCCCAGAAUCGCCCCGUUGGUAUAUGAGAAAAGGCCGAAUGCCCGAGGCUUUCAAGUCAAUGAGGAAACUUCGUAAACACGAUGUCCAAGCUGCUCGAGAUCUGUUCUACGCCUGGGUUCAAUGGGAAGCCGAGAAGAAGGUGAUCGGAGAUCGAUCCAUGUUCAGAAGAUUUGCCGAUCUGUUUACUGUCCCUCGAAUCAGACGAGCUACUUUGGCUGCAUCGGUCUUGCAUGCAGGUCAGGAUUUAUGUGGUAUUAACACCAUUGCCUUCUACUCCUCUACUAUCUUCGUAGAUGGCGGUGCUUCCAAUGUGGAUGCGUUGUAUGCCUCGCUAGGUUUUGGUGCUUUAAACUUUGUCUUCACCUGGCCCGCUGUCUUCACAAUCGAUACUUUUGGUCGAAGAACUCUCAACUUGUUCUUCUUCCCAUUGAUGGCUGUAUCACUUCUUGCUGCUGGUAUGGCAUUCUACAUCGAGGAGCAAAGAAUCAGAACUGGAAUCGUAGCUUUGUUCAUCUACAUCUACACCAUCUUCUACUCCCUUGGUGAAGGUCCAAUCAUCUUCACUUACUCAGCUGAGGUAUUCCCUUUGGCUCAUAGAGAAUUAGGUCAAGCUUUCCCCGUAUCGAUCAAUUACUUUGUCAAUUUCUUGUUGAGUUUAUGGUUCCCCUUCCAGCUCAAGCAAUUCGGUGGUCCGGGUACAUUCGGCUUCUAUACCGGUACCAACAUGCUAGCGUUCUGUCUCGCCUUCUUGUUCAUGAGAGAGACCAAACAACUGUCUCUCGAAGAACUUGAUCAGGUCUUCUCGGUACCCACUAGCGUAUAUAUCAAUUACCAGUUCACGAAAUGGCUCCCUUGGGCAUUCAAACGAUACGUCUUGUUCGACAGGAAAAAACAACUUGAACCUCUCUUCCAUGAGGAUAAAGAUAUCAAAGCUUAG